UUGGGUCUGAUCUCACUGCCGCCGCUCGGACUCAGUGCAGCAGAAGCUCCGGGAGAAGAGGCGGGCGGAGGCAUGGAAAUCCACGCUCGCCACAGUCUCCCACCACAGCGACCCGAAGCACAGACAGCCGGCCCCAGACACCCGCAUCUCGGCGGGACUGAGGCGUGAACUGAGCGCGAGGAGAAGAAGAAGAAGAAGAGGAGGAGGAGGAAGAGGAGGCCUUUGAUUCCCGGUCUGAUGGGCCCAGAGUGACGUCAUGGCUCUGACGAUCCCCCCGGUGAAGCUCAAGUGGCUGGAGCACCUGAACAGCUCCUGGAUCACCGAGGACAGCGAGUCUAUCGCCACCAGGGAGGGCGUGUCGGUGCUCUACUCCAAGCUGCUGGCCAACAAGGAGGCGGUCCUGCUGCCCCAGCAGGUUCUGUGUCUGAAGGGCCCCCAGCUGCCCGACUUUGAGCGCGAGUCCCUGUCCAGCGAUGAGCAGGAGCACUACCUGGACGCCCUGCUGGGCAGCCAGCUGGCUCUGGCCAAGAUGGUCUGCUCCGACUCCCCGUUCGCCGCCGCCCUGCGGAAGCGAGUCCUGGUGCUGCAGCGCAUCUUCUACGCUCUGUCCAACAAGUACCACGACAAGGGCAAGGUCAAGCAGCAGCAGCACUCCCCGGAGAACAACUCGGGCUCGGCGGACCUCCAUUCGGUAAGCGAGCGUCCCCGGUCCAGCACCGACGCCCUCAUCGAGAUGGGGGUCCGGACCGGCCUCAGCCUGCUGUUCGCUCUGCUCCGCCAGUCCUGGAUGAUGCCUCCUCCUCCGUGCCCCGGAGGAAGCCCCGGGGGCGGCAUCAACCUCUGCAACGACGUCAUCCACACCGCCAUCGACGUGGUCAGCUCGCUGCCGCCGCUGUCGCUGGCCAACGAGAGCAAGAUCCCCCCCAUGGGUCUGGACUGCCUGGCCCAGGUCACCACCUUCCUGAAGGGGGUCACCAUGCCCAACUCUGGGGCCGACAUCCUGGGCCGGAGGCUGGCCUCGGAGCUGCUGCUGGGCCUGGCCUCCCAGAGGGGCUCUCUGAGGUACCUGCUGGAGUGGAUCGAGAUGGCCUUAGCCGCCUCGGCUGUGGUCAGCAGCAUGGAGCAGAACCAGAACCAGAACCAGAACCAGGAGGGCCUGAUCGGCUACGACUGCUUCAUGAACAUCCUCAUGCAGAUGAGACGCUCUCUGGGCUCGUCAGCAGAUCGCAGCCAGUGGAGGGAACCAACCAGGACCUCUGAUGGCCUCUGUUCUUUAUACGAAGCAGCUCUUUGUCUUUUUGAAGAAGUGUGUCGGAUGGCAUCAGAUUACUCUCGGACCUGUGUGAGUCCGGACAGCAUCCAGACGGGUGAAGCUCCCGUCGUAUCAGAAACCUGUGAGGUUUACGUCUGGGGCAGCAACAGCAGCCACCAGCUGGUGGAAGGAACCCAGGAGAAGAUCCUGCAGCCCAAGCUCGCCGCCAGCUUCGCUGACGCUCAGACGAUUGAAGCCGGUCAGUACUGCACCUUCGUGAUCUCGUCCGACGGUUCGGUCCGAGCCUGUGGGAAGGGAAGCUAUGGCCGGCUGGGUCUCGGAGACUCCAACAACCAGUCCACGCUGAAGAAGCUCACCUUCGAGCCCCACCGAGCCAUCAAGAAGGUCUCGUCGUCCAAAGGCUCGGACGGCCACACGCUGGCCUUCACCACUGAGGGCGAGGUGUUCAGCUGGGGCGAUGGAGACUACGGAAAGCUGGGCCACGGCAACAGCUCCACCCAGAAGUACCCCAAGCUGAUCCAGGGGCCGCUGCAGGGGAAGGUGGUGGUUUGUGUGUCUGCAGGCUACAGACACAGCGCUGCAGUCAGUGAGGAUGGAGAGUUGUACACCUGGGGCGAAGGAGACUUCGGGAGGUUAGGUCACGGCGACAGCAACAGCAGAAACAUUCCCACUCUGGUCAAAGACAUCAGCAACGUUGGAGAAGUUUCCUGUGGAAGUUCUCACACCAUCGCCCUUUCCAAGGACGGAAGAACCGUCUGGUCCUUUGGAGGAGGAGACAACGGUAAACUGGGUCACGGUGACACUAACAGAGUCUACAAACCGAAGGUGGUGGAGGCGCUGCAGGGGAUGUUCAUCAGGAAAGUGUGUGCAGGAAGUCAGUCAUCUCUGGCCUUAACCUCUACAGGACAGGUCUACGCCUGGGGCUGUGGUGCUUGUCUCGGCUGUGGAUCUUCGGAGGCCACGGCUCUCAGACCCAAACUGAUCGAGGAGCUGGCGACCACCAGAGUGGUGGACAUCUCCAUCGGAGACAGUCACUGUCUGGCUCUGUCCCACGAUAACGAGGUGUAUGCCUGGGGGAACAACUCCAUGGGUCAGUGCGGUCAGGGGAACUCCACUGGUCCCAUCACCAAACCCAAGAAGGUGGUCGGUCUGGAUGGAGUGGCCAUCCAGCAGAUCUCAGCAGGAACCUCCCACAGCCUGGCCUGGACCGCCCUGCCCCGAGACAGGCAGGUGGUGGCUUGGCAUCGUCCUUACUGUGUGGAUCUGGAGGAGAGCACCUUCUCUCACCUGCGCUCCUUCCUGGAGCGAUACUGUGACGGCAUCAACAGUGAAGUUCCUCCUCUGCCCUUCCCCUCGUCCAGGGAGCACCACAACUUCCUGAAGUUGUGCCUUCGCCUCUUGUCCAAUCACCUGGCUCUGGCCCUGGCGGGGGGUGUGGCCACCAGCAUCCUAGGUCGCCAGGCGAGGCCUCUGAGGAACCUCCUGUUCAGACUGAUGGACUCGUCGGUGCCGGACGAGAUCCAGGAGGCAGUGAUCGAGACUCUGUCGGUCGGAGCCACCAUGCUGCUGCCUCCACUGAGGGAGAGGAUGGAGCUGCUUCACUCUCUGCUGCCUCAAGGACCAGACCGAUGGGAGAGUCUCUCCAAAGGACAGCGGAUGCAGCUGGACAUCAUCCUGACCAGCCUCCAGGACCACACCCACGUGGCCUCCCUGCUGGGCUACAGCUCUCCGGCCGACGGACCCGAGGUUCUGUCCUCCGGUCAGACCUUCACGGCGUCUCCAGACCCAAACUACAGCAGCACCACGGGACACCCGGACACCCACCUGGCCGAGAUCCUGAUGAAGACGCUGCUCAGAAACCUGGGCUUCUACACCGACCAGGCGUUCGGUGAGCUGGAGAAGAACAGCGACAAACUGCAGCAGGGAACUUCUUCCUCCGACAGCAGCCAACCGGCUCACCUCCACCAGCUGCUGUGUUCGCUGCAGAAACAGCUGCUGGCUUUUUGUCACAUCAACUCAGUUACCGAGAACUCCAGCAGCGUUGCUGUGCUCCACAAACACCUCCAGCUGCUGCUGCCUCACGCCACCGACAUCUUCUCCAGAUCUGCAGCUCUGAUUAAAGAAAGCUCCUGGAACGGCAGCAUCCGGGAGAAACUACAAGGUGUGAUCUACGUGUCGGCGGCCGGCAGCAUGUUGUGUCAGAUCGUCAACUCUGUGCUGCUGCUGCCGGUGUCGGUGGCCAGACCUCUGCUGAGCCACCUGCUGGACCUGCUGCCUCCUCUGGACCGCCUGAACCGGCUGCUGCCUGCCGCCUCCCCUCUGGAGGACCAGGAGCUGCAGUGGCCUCUGCACGGUACGUCGGACUUUGCGGAACCGGCCUCGGGGAUGUCGCUGCCCCAGCCGGCCCUGUCCUGGGUCUGGCUGGUGGACCUGGAGAGGACGGUGGCCCUGCUGGUGGGACGCUGUCUGGGAGGGAUGCUGCAGGGGGCGCCCACGUCUCUGGAGGAACAGGACACCGCCUACUGGUUGAAAACACCGCUGUUCAGCAACGGACUGGAGAUGGACAUCCCUCAGCUAGACACCUGCAUCAGCUCGUUACUGGAAGCUGCUCUGUCCGGUAACGAGGAGCAGAAACCCUUCGACUGCACUCUGCGUCCAGACCUCAGCGUCCUGGUGGAUUUAGCUCUGGGCUCGUCUAAAGAACCGGCCAACAGCCUCUGGAUCAACAUGCAGGACUACGCCAUCAGCAAAGACUGGGACAAUGCGUCCCUCAGUAAUGAGUCUCUGCUGGACACGGUGUCCAGGUUUGUGUUGGCAGCGUUACUGAAGCAUACCGGGCUGCUGGGCCAAGCCUGUGGAGAGGGAAGAUACCAGCCCUCCAAGUCUCUGGCUGAAGUUUACCGCAGCGUCUAUAAGGUACGAAACCGACUGCUAGCCUGUAAGAACAUGGACUUCAUCCAGACCAGGUCUUCCUCACGGGAGAGGAGGAUUUCAGACAACCAGGACUCCCUGGACAUGGACCCUCAGGAACAUUCGUUCACCAGAACCAUCGAUGAGGAGGCCGAGCUGGAGGAGAGGGCCGACCGGGAGAGAGAGGAGGGACACCAGGAGCAGGACGAGGAGGAGGAGGACCGAGAACACGAAGUGAUGACGGCUGGAAAAAUCUUUCAAUGUUUCCUCUCAGCCCGGGAGGUGGCUCGGAGUCGGGACCGGGACCGGGCCAGCAGCAGCACCGGGCUGGGUUCUGGCUCCGCCUCCAGGACCGGAGGGGGCGGAGACGAGGACGGCGUCUUGUCCCAGGAGGGUCGUAGAGGCAGCAGCGGUCUACCUGAAGGUCAGGACCUUUAUACGGCCGCCUGCAACUCUGUGAUCCACCGCUGUGCUCUGCUGGUUCUGGGGGUCAGUCCGGUUCUAGGAGAACUCACCAAGCAGAACCAGGAGGACGGACAGACCCAGAACCCUGCAGGAACCCAGGAGUGUCUGAGCUUCAUGACCAGAAGUGAGAGUCUGAGUGCAGAGAGCCGGUCGGUCCAGAGCAGCCCGAGUUACCGACUGAUGAAGUCCAGGAGUGAAUCUGAUCUGUCCCAGCCGGAGUCAGAUGAAGAGGGCUACACUCUGAUCGGACGCAGGAACGUGGACCUGGACUUGGCGUUCUCCCAUAAAAAACGAGUUUAUUUGCUUCUUUUGGGCCAGUUGAGCUCCAGACACAAGAGGAGCUCCAAGCAAGUAACCCAUGGCCUCCUCCACAGCUCCCCGGACUCCCUGGCCGAGUCCUGGUUCCGGGCCAAGCUGAGCCAUCAGCGCAGCUACAGCUCGGCCCACUCGUACGAGGAGUCGGACCUGGACCUGAGCCGCUCGCUGGGCGUCCAUGCCCUCAUCGACAACAUGGUGAGCUUCAUCAGCGGGGACGUGGGCCUGGCGCCGGCCUUCAAGGAGCCCGAGGAGAGCAUGUCCACCAGCCCUCAGGCCACCAUCCUGGCCAUGGAGCAGCAGCAGAGCCGGGCCGAGCUGAGGCUGGAGGCCCUCCACCAGAUCGUGGUCCUGAUCUCUGGGAUGGAGGAGAAGGGCAGCCAGCCCAGCAGCACCGACCGGUCCAGCAGCGCCUUCCAGUCCUCCUCACUGCUCACCUCCGUCAGGCUGCAGUUCCUGGCCGGCUGCUUUGGACUCGGAACCGUCGGAACCGGAGGCCUGAAGAGGGAGAGCGUCCAGCUGCACCACUACCAGGACGGAGUGAAAGCAGCCAAGAGGAGCCUCCAGAUGGAGAUCCAGAUGGCCGUCCAUAAGAUCUACCAGCAGCUGUCGGUCACUCUGGAGAGAGCUCUGCAGGCCAACAAGCACCACAUAGAAGCGCAGCAGCGCCUCCUGCUGGUCACCGUCUUUGCCCUCAGCGUGCGCUACCAGCCGGUGGACGUCUCUCUGGCCAUCUCCAGCGGUUUGCUGAACGUUCUCUCCCAGCUGUGUGGGACUGAAACCAUGCUGGGUCAACCUCUGCAGCUGCUGCAGAAACCCGGAGUGUCUCAGCUCAGCACGGCGCUGAAGGUGGCGUCCACCCGCCUGCUGCAGAUCCUGGCCAUCAGCACCGGGACCUACGCUGAUAAACUGAGUCCUAAGGUGGUCCAGUCUCUGCUGGACCUCCUCUGCAGUCAGCUGAAGAACCUUCUGUCUCAGGCUGGAGUCAGCGUUCUGUCUGCAGGGAAAGACCAGGAGGAGACCAAGCAGGAGGACGGAGCCGAGACCGACAAGAAGGACUUCAGAGCUCUGAUCAGGAAGCAGCACACGGCCGAGCUGCACCUUGGAGACUUCCUGGUCUUCCUCCGGAGGGUCGUGUCCUCCAAGGCCAUCCAGUCCAGGAUGGCGUCCCCCAAAUGGACCGAGGUUCUGCUGAACAUCGCGGCCCAGAAGUGCUGCUCAGGUCUUCCUCUGGUGGGGAACCUGAGGACUCGUCUGCUGGCGCUUCACGUUCUGGAGGCAGUUCUACCGGCCUGCGACACCAACAUGGAGGACGACCAGAUGACCCAGGUGGUGGAGCGUCUCUUCUCUCUGCUGUCUGACUGUAUGUGGGAAGCUCCCAUUGCUCAGGCCAAACACUCCAUCCAGAUCAAGGAGAAGGUCCAGGAGCUGAAGCUGCAGGGAGAUGCUGAGGAGGAGGACGAGAACCUUCCCAUCCAGGAGGUGUCCUUCGACCCGGAGAAGGCCCAGUGCUGCGUGGUGGAGAACGGCCAGGGCCUGACCCACGGCAGCGGGGGGAAAGGCUAUGGCCUGGCCUCCACCGGUAUCUCCUCUGGAUGCUACCAGUGGAAGUUCUACAUCGUGAAGGAGAACCGAGGCAACGAAGGAACCUGUGUCGGUGUUUCCCGUUGGCCGGUUCACGACUUCAACCACCGGACCACGUCGGACAUGUGGCUGUACCGGGCCUACAGCGGGAACCUCUACCACAACGGAGAACAAACGCUGACGCUGAGCAGCUUUACCCAGGGAGACUUCAUCACCUGUGUUCUGGACAUGGAGGCCAGGACCAUCUCCUUCGGAAAGAACGGAGAGGAGCCCAAGUUGGCCUUUGAGGACGUCGACGCCACAGAACUUUAUCCCUGUGUGAUGUUCUACAGCAGUAAUCCAGGAGAGAAGGUGAAGAUCUGUGACAUGCAGAUGAGGGGAACACCUCGAGACCUGCUCCCUGGAGAUCCGGUCUGCAGCCCGAUGGCCACGGUUCUGGCCGAGGCCACCACCCAGCUGAUCCGGAUCCUGCACCGGACCGACCACUGGACCCACCGCAUCAACAAGACCAUGACAGAGCGGCUCCACAAGAUCAAGCCCUGCUUCCGGGACUCGGCCGGGGCUUCGGCCGGUGGCGGUCAGCGGCUGAAGAAGAGCCGCUCAGUCCAGAGCCGCGAGGAGCACGACGCCCAGAGGGAGAACCAGGAGACCGGUUCCAGGACUGAGGAGGACCGAGGACGCCAUGGCCGGCAGCACGGCCUUGGGGAGCUGUCGGAGCUCCACCUCCGGACGCUCUGCACUGACGUCUGGCCAGUUCUGGCUGUGAUCGGAGGCGUGGACGCCGGGCUCCGAGUCGGAGGCCGUUGCAUCCACAAGCAGACGGGACGCCACGCCACCCUGCUGGGAGUCGUCAAGGAGGGCAGCACCUCGGCCAAGGUCCAGUGGGACGAAGCCGAGAUCACCAUCAGCUUCCCAACUUUCUGGUCACCUAGUGACACUCCGCUCUACAACCUGGAGCCCUGCGAGCCGCUGCCCUUCGAUGUGGCUCGUUUCCGCGGCCUGACGGCCUCACUGCUGCUGGACCUCACCUACCUGACCAGCAUCCAUGAGGAGACGGCCGCCAAGCUGAGCGCCCGCCGCCACGAAAAGAAGCACCGCAACGCUGCCUCCACCGGACACGAGCCGAGCAGCGGCGAGGAGAAGGCAGACGGCGAGGCCCACAACCAGAAGGAAACCUCGGCUUCGACCGCCACCGACCUCAGAGUCUCCCACAGCCUGGAUGAGGUCAAGGCUCACGUGGCGCCCAACUCCAAGUCCGAGAGCGAGAUCUCAUCAGUAGCCGGGGGCAGCGAGACGCUGUUCGGCUCGGCUCCUCACGCUCCUGCAGACGGAGGCAGGAAGAAAGGCCACGAGCACGGAUCCCGAGGACACGAAGCGUCUUCCAUCGCCACCCAGUCGGAGGUCCAUGCCGUCCAGCUGUCCUACCUCUACCUGGGCGCCAUGAAGACGCUGAGCGCUCUGCUAAGCUGCAGCAAGUACGCCGAGCUGCUGCUCAUUCCCAAGGUUCUACCAGAAGCAGCAGCCAGCGGUCACAACGCCGACCUGAACGCCACGUCUCCUGUCUGCCAGGAGGAGGUGGAGAUGAGGGCGGCGCUGCAGUUCCUGAUGAGACAUAUGGUGAAGAGAGCCGUGAUGAGGUCCCCCAUCAAGAGAGCUCCGGGCCUGGCCGACCUGGAGAGAGCUCAGGCUAUGAUCUACAAGCUGGUGGUGAACGGACUGCUGGAGGAGCCCAGUGGAGGGAAGAGCAAACCAGGAGUGAGGAGUGAGCCAGAGGGUGAGGGUGAGGGUCCAGAGGGGGAGCAGCUGGCCCAGACCCCGGUCACCACCAGCCCCUCGGCCUCCAGCACCACCUCCUUCAUGAGCUCCUCCCUGGAGGACACCACCACGGCCACCACCCCGGUCACCGACACAGAGACCGUACCGGCCACCGAGUCUCCGGGGGUGAUGCCGCUCAGCCUGCUCAGACAAAUGUUCUCCAGCUACCCAACCACCACACUGGUUCCGACCCGUCGGGCCCAGACUCCUCCGGUGUCGUCCCUGCCAACGUCUCCGUCUGAUGAGGUGGGUCGCCGUCAGAGCCUCACGUCUCCAGACUCCCAGCCAACCAGACCCCAGAACCGGACCGGUACCUCUCUGUCGGACCCCAGCAGCAGACUGUCCACGUCUCCACCUCCUCCUGCCAUCGCUGUUCCUCUGCUGGAGAUGGGAUUCUCCCUGAGACAGAUCACCAAAGCUCUGGAGGCCACUGGAGCUCGAGGAGAAGCCGACGCCCAGAACAUCACAGUCCUGGCCAUGUGGAUGAUCGAACACCCGGGGACGGAGGACGACCAUGAUGAGCCUCACACCAGAGUCGUCGGGGGCGACGGGUCGGACUCCUCGUGUCCCGGAGCGACCGCCUCAGCCGGAGGGAAGAGUCUGGACCGGAGCUCCUACCUGUGCUCACCUGGAGACAUCGCGAGCGCCGAUGCCUCGGAGAUGGAGGAAGGAUUCAGCGAGAGUCCGGAGGGUUUGGACCAGGACUCAGCUUCAGCCUCAAGUGGAGUUCCUCUCAGAGGUCGUUCUGUCGGCAGAAAACAUCGCUUCGAUCUGGCUGCUCGCACUCUGCUGGCCCGAGCUGCUGGGCUGUACCGAUCGGUCCAGGCCCACCACAGCCAGUCCCGGCGGGAGGUUUCGUCCCUCCAGCAGCAGCAGGACCCCGGAGCUCUGUAUGACUUCAACCUGGACGAGGAGCUGGAGAUGGACCUGGACGAGGAGACCAUGGAGGCCAUGUUCGGACAGGACCUGGCCAGCGACACCGACAUUCUGGGAAUGUGGAUCCCGGAGGUACUGGACUGGCCAACAUGGCAUGUGUGUGAGGCCGAUGACCGUGACGAGGUGGUGGUGUGUGAGCUGUGUGAAGCCAAUGUGGCCAACUUCAACCAGCACAUGAAGAAGAGCCACCCGGGAUGCGGGCGCAGCGCCAACCGCCAGGGUUACCGUAGCAACGGCUCCUACGUAGACGGCUGGUUCGGAGGCGAGUGCGGCAGCGGGAACCCUUACUACCUGCUGUGUGGAGGCUGCCGGGAGAAAUACCUGGCCAUCAAGAGCAAGGCCAAGGUCCCCGUGGUGGAGAGGUAUAAAGGUCAGGCUCCUGAUCUCCUGGGGAAGCAGGACAGCGUCUAUGAAGAGGACUGGGACAUGCUGGACGUGGACGAGGACGAGAAGCUGACGGGUGAGGAGGAGUUUGAGCUGCUGGCCGGUCCACUGGGCCUCAACGAGCGUCGGAUCGUCCCGGAGGCCGUCCAGUUCCCCGACAGCGACCCGCUGGGAGCCUCCAUCGCCAUGGUGACGGCCACCAACAGCAUGGAGGAGACGCUGCUGCAGAUUGGCUGCCAGACGUCUGUGGAUAAGAGUUCUUCCAGCAGAGUGACCCUUGGUGAGCAGGCCGCCGCCCUCCAGAACCCUCAUGACCGGGUCAUGGCGCUGAGGAGGGUGACGGCUGCAGCUCAGGUUCUGUUGGCCAGAACCAUGGUGAUGAGAGCGCUGUCACUGCUGUCUGUCAGCGGUUCCAGCUGCAGCCUGGCAGCAGGUCUGGAGUCUCUGGGUCUGACCGACAUCAGGACUCUGGUCCGGCUCAUGUGUCUGGCGGCGGCGGGUCGAGCUGGACUCUCCACCAGUCCGGCCUCCGGUUCUGGUCCCUCAGAGAGGCCCCGAGGAGCCGCCAAGGCCAGCAAACCCAUCUCCUGUCUGGCCUACCUGAGCACCGCUGUGGGAUGUCUGGCCUCCAACAGCCCCAACGCUGCCAAGCUGCUGGUGCAGCUCUGCACUCAGAACCUGAUCUCUGCAGCCACCGGGAUGAACCUGACCACGGUGGACGACCCCAUCCAGAGGAAGUUCCUGCCCAGCUUCCUGCGAGGCGUUGCAGAGGAGAACAAACUGGUGACGUCUCCAAACUUUGUGGUGACCCAGGCGCUGGUGGCGCUGCUGGCCGAUAAAGGAGCUCGACUCCGACCGGCGUACGACAAGGCGGACCUGGAGAAAAGAGGUCUAAUUGCGCAUUUGUAUGCCCAUCCUUCCCAUAAUCCCUCCGCUGUAGGCCCUCUGGAGCUGGCCAAUGCUCUGGCGGCCUGCUGCCUGUCCUCGCGGCUGUCGUCGCAGCACCGUCAGUGGGCGGCGCAGCAGCUGGUCCGGACGCUCGCCGCCCACGACCGCGACAACAACCAGAGCCGCCCGCAGACUGUCGCUGACAUGGCGGGGGACCUGCGGAAGUGUUCCUUCAUCAAGCUGGAGGCCCACCAGAGCAGGGUCAUCACAUGCGGCUGGUGCAGUAAAAAAGGCCUAUUAGCGACCAGCGGCAACGACGGGACGGUCCGAGUCUGGAACGUCACCAAGAACCAGUACACCCUGCAGCAGACCUGCAUCUUCAAUAAGGAUGACGGAUCUUCAGAGGAGGGAAUGUCUGGUCUGGGUUCUCCCAGUGAUCCAUGUCUGUCUCCUCUGGCCUGGAGCGUCACUGGGAGAUACCUGGCUUCAGCUAUGGAGAAGAUGGUCAACAUCUGGCAAGUUAACGGAGGUAAAGGCCUCCUGGACGUCCAGCCUCACUGGGUGUCGGCGCUGGCGUGGCCUGAGGAGGAAGCCGAGUCGCUGUGGUGUGGAGAACCCAAAGACAUGCUGCUGGUGGGUCGAAUGGAUGGAACUCUGGGCCUCAUCGAGGUUCUGGACUCGUCCACGUUUCACCGCACUGAGCUGGAGCACUGCUACCGGAAGGACGUGGCCGUGAUGCACAUCACCUGGUACAGCGAGGACAAACCCUUCGCUGUCGGCUACGCUGACGGAAAACUGCUGAUCGGAUCCAAAGAGCCGCUGGAGAAAGGAGCCAUUGUGGUGAUUGACGCUCACAAGGAGUCCAUCUCCAGUAUGCGCUGGAGUCCUUCUGGUCAGAUUCUGCUGACUUGUGCCAAAGAGGAGACGGUGAAGCUCUGGGCCAGUCCGGACUCUGGUUCUGGUUGGCGCUGCCUCCAGAGCCUCAGACACCCAUCAUUGGUUAAUGGAGUUGCCUGGUCCAGUUUGAUUGGUCGAGGCCCGAAGCCCCUCAGCAUGCUGGCCGUAUGCUGCCAGAACGGACUCGUCUCUGUCUGGACGGUUCCUCAGGAGAUCAACAACUUCGCGGAAUCCUCCUGUUCAGAUUCGGAGGGCUGGUGGGAGAGCGAGGCCAAGCACAAACUAACGUCUUCCCGGUGGUCCGACGGCGGAGCAACUUGUGUUUUCCAGCUGAAGGGUCACAUCACUCCGGUCCGGACGCUGGCCUUCAGCCCAGACGGUUUAGCUCUGGUGUCCGGAGGCGUCGGAGGACUCAUGAACAUCUGGUCUCUGAAGGACGGCUCGGUGCUGCAGACCGUCGUGGCCGGAUCCGGCGCCAUCCAGAACAUCGUCUGGAUCCCAGAUGUGGGCGUCGCCGUCUGCUCCAACAGGUCCAAGGAUGUGCUGGUGGUGAACUGCUCCAAGGAUUUCAUGGCGUCCAACCAUGUGUUGGCGACGUGCCGCACGGCGCUGAAGAAGCAAGGCGUGGUCGGCCUCAACAUGGCGCCCUGCAUGAGGGCGUUCCUGGAGAGGCUGCCGGUGAUGCUGCAGGAGCAGUACGCCUAUGAGAAGCCUCAUGUGGUCUGUGGAGAGCAGCUGGUCCACAGCCCCUACAUGCAGUGUCUGGCCUCCCUGGCCGUCGGCCUCCACCUGGACCAGCUGCUGUGUCGCCCUCCAGUACCACCGAACCUCCGCCACUGCCCUCCGGACUCUGGUACUGCUGUCUGGAGCGCCAGCGAGUGGUCCUGGCUGGACUGUUUCUCCACCACGGUGAAGGCGGCUGAGGCUCUGGCCCGAGGCGCCACCUUCCCCGAGUCCUUCUCCGUCCCCGACCUGGAGCCGGUGCCCAAAGACGAGAUGGUUCUGCUGAUGGACAACAGUAAAUGGGCGUCUGGGAUGGACGAACAGAUCAUGUCCUGGGCCACGUCCAGACCAGAGGACUGGCACCUCGGGGGGAAGUGUGAUGUGUUUCUGUGGGGAGCAGGUCGACAUGGUCAGCUGGCCGAAGCCGGAAGGAACAUCCUGGUACCGACCACAGCCCCAUCCUUCUCUCAGGCCCAACAGGUUGUCUGUGGUCAGAACUGCACCUUCGUGAUCCAACCCAACGGGACGGUUCUAGCCUGUGGAGAAGGAAGUUAUGGUCGACUGGGUCAAGGCAACUCUGAUGAUCUGCACGUCCUGACUGUUAUCUCAGCGCUACAAGGUUUCGUGGUGACCCAGCUGGUGACGUCCUGCGGCAGCGACGGUCACUCCAUGGCGCUGACGGAGAGCGGCGAGGUGUUCAGCUGGGGCGACGGCGACUACGGCAAGCUGGGCCACGGAAACAGCGACCGGCAGCGGCGACCGCGACAGAUCGAAGCUCUGCAGGGGGAGGAGGUGGUGCAGAUGUCUUGUGGGUUUAAGCAUUCGGCUGUGGUAACAGCUGACGGGAAGCUCUUCACCUUCGGUAACGGUGAUUACGGUCGGCUGGGGUUAGGAAACACCUCCAACAAGAAGCUACCGGAGAAGGUCACUGCUCUGGAGGGAUACCAAGUCGGACAGGUCGCUUGUGGUCUGAACCACACUCUGGUUGUCUCUGCUGAUGGGAUGAUGGUUUGGGCAUUCGGUGAUGGAGAUUAUGGAAAACUGGGACUUGGUAACUCUACGGCCAAGUCGUCUCCUCAGAAAGUGGACGUUCUCUGUGGAAUCGGCAUCAAGAAAGUGGCCUGUGGGACUCAGUUCUCUGUGGCUUUAACCAAAGAUGGAAAAGUUUUCACGUUUGGUCAGGAUCGCCUGAUCGGCCUUCCAGAAGGUCGAGCCAGAAACCACAACCGUCCCCAGCAGGUUCCAGCUCUGUCAGCGAUCCACAUCCAGGACAUUGCUAUCGGAGCUGAACACACUCUGGUUCUGUCCUCCACUGGAGACGUUUACACCUGGGGCAGCAACUCAGAGGGACAGCUGGGUUUGGGUCACACUAACCACGUCAGAGAACCAACGCUGGCGACGGCACUGCAGGGGAAGAACAUCCACCAGAUCUCAGCCGGACGCUGCCACAGCGCUGCCUGGACGGCUCCGUCGGUUCCACCUCGAGCUCCAGGCUCCUCGGUGCCUCUGCAGCUCGGUCUUCCGGUGGCGGUUCCUCCUCAGUACAGCGGGCUGAAGGAGGUGAGCAUCGAAGCGGUCAGAGCCCGACUUCGCCUCCUCUACCACUUCUCAGACUUGAUGUACUCAUCAUGGAGGCUGCUGAACCUCAGCCCCAACAACCAGAGCUGUACCUCCCACUACAACGCUGGGACCUGGGGGAUCGUCCAGGGCCAACUGAGGCCCCUGUUGGCCCCCAGAGUUUACACUCUUCCCAUGGUACGAUCCAUCGGUAAAACCAUGGUGCAGGGAAAGAACUACGGUCCUCAGAUCACCGUCAAACGGAUCUCCACACGAGGACGUAAGUGUAAGCCGAUCUUCGUUCAGAUCGCCCGGCAGGUGGUGAAGCUGAACGCCUCCGACCUCCGGCUGCCGUCGAGGGCCUGGAAGGUCAAACUGGUGGGGGAGGGGGCAGAUGAUGCUGGAGGAGUGUUUGACGACACCAUCACUGAGAUGUGUCAGGAGCUGGAGACGGGGGUGGUGGACCUGCUCAUCCCCUCCCCCAAUGCCACCGCCGAGGUCGGAUACAACCGAGACAGGUUCCUGCUGAACCCGUCGGCCUGCCUGGACGAACACAUGCUGCAGUUUAAGUUCCUGGGCAUCCUGAUGGGCGUGGCGAUCCGGACCAAGAAGCCUCUGGACCUCCACCUGGCGCCGCUGGUGUGGAAACAGCUGUGCUGCAUCCCGCUGCUGCUGGAGGACCUGGAGGAAGUGGACCUGCUCUAUGUGCAGACGCUCAAAAGCAUUCUUCACAUUGAAGACAGCGGCAUCACCGAGGAUAAUUUCCAUGAGAUGAUUCCUCUGGAUUCUUUCGUCGGACAGAGUGCGGAUGGUAAAAUGGUUCCCAUCAUCCCGGGAGGAAACAGCAUCCCGCUGACCUUCUCCAACAGAAAGGAGUAUGUGGAGAGAGCCAUUGAGUACAGGCUGCACGAAAUCGACCGACAGGUGGCGGCGGUCCGUGAGGGGAUGUCCUGGAUCGUUCCGGUGCCGCUGCUGUCGCUGCUGACGGCCAAGCAGCUGGAGCAGAUGGUGUGCGGGAUGCCGGAGAUCUGCUGCGACGUCCUGAAGAAGGUGGUCCGGUACCGGGAGGUGGACGAGCAGCACGCUCUGGUCCAGUGGUUCUGGCAGACCCUGGAGGAGUUCUCCAACGAGGAGCGGGUUCUGUUCAUGCGCUUCGUGUCCGGACGCUCCAGACUUCCUGCCAACACGGCCGACAUCUCCCAAAGGUUCCAGAUCAUGAAGGUGGACCGGCCCUACGACAGCCUCCCCACCUCCCAGACCUGCUUCUUCCAGCUCCGCCUGCCUCCCUACUCCAGCCAGGCCGUCAUGGCCGAGAGGCUUCGCUACGCCAUCAACAACUGCCGCUCCAUCGACAUGGACAACUACAUGCUCUCCAGGAAUGUGGACAACGCUGAGGGCUCGGACACGGACUACUGACGGAACGCUAGACUGUGAACAGGAAACUCCCUGCAGACGGCCACUUUUUACUUUAUUUUAUGUCCUUUAAACAGCACAAGUUUCAUUUCUCUUUGUGGUUCAUUAGCAGUUUUUAUCGACACAAAAAUCCACACGAGAAGUGCAUGUAGUGGUUUUUUUUUUCUCUUUACUCCACAUCCCAUUUUCAGGGUUUCUGCAUGGAGGGAAGUUUAUUAUUUGGAAAUGUGUAUAGAGAACUAAACAGCAGGUGGCGGGGGAAAGGAAUAUUGUACAUUGUGUAAAAUGCUUCAUUAGGAAAAUGUUUUGCAUAAUAUCCAUAUUUAUUGUUUUCAUUGCCUACGCCGAGUUUCCCAAAGCAGAAAAACCGACAAUAAAUGCUGCAGAACUGA